GCAUUCUGAGUAUUUCUUCAGCAAGGCACAUUGACAUUCCACAGCAAUGCACUUUUUUGGGACGAGACAUGAAAUAAUUUGGCCUAGGGCGAUUAUUGGGCUGUAAAAGCUCCUUAUUUGUUCUUGUCUCAACUCAAGAUAUAGUCGCUAAAAAUCCUCAGAAUGUGGUCGUCAGUUGUGGCCUUCAUCAAAGGCAGCAGCAGUGUCGUGCAGCUGGCCUGCGUCGAUUUUGGCAUCCAAUGGGGCCUUUGGACAGUGUCGGCGGCACUGCACACUGAGAAGUUCUAUGAUCUAGCUGGUUCGUCGACGUUCGCUGCGCUGGUAUACCUGGCGUUCGAUUGGUCUCGCCAGCAGUCGGGGCCGCAGUGGCUGCAGCGGAACAUGGUGCUCGUCUGGGCGGCGCGGCUCGGCCUCUUCCUGUUCGUGCGCGUGUUGAAAGAGGGCGGCGACCGGCGCUUCAACCGGGCUAGGGACAGCCCGGCCACCCUGUUCGCCUUCUGGACCAUGCAGGGUGUGUGGGUGAUUGUGACUCUUCUGCCUACCCUGGUGAUGAUGGACUCUGAGACGCGUCGCCAGCCGUCCACCCAGCACUAUGUUGGCUGGACCAUGUGGGCCGUCGGCUUUGUCUUCGAGGUCAUUGCCGACUAUCAGAAGUCGGUCUUCAGAAAUGACCCGGCCAACAAGGGCCAAUUCAUCGACACGGGCCUCUGGUCCAUCAGCCGUCACCCCAACUAUUUCGGCGAGAUCCUGCUCUGGUUCGGCCUGUACGUGUCGGCGUCAGUCGGCUGGAGCGGCAGGCGCCACCUGCUCGUACUGUGUCCCCUGUUCAAUUACCUGCUCAUCAGUCGACUGAGCGGGGUACCACCUCUAGAGAAGGCGGCCGCCAAACGCUGGGGCUCUGACCCGCGCUACCGGCGGUACGCCUCCACUGUGCCAGAGCUGGUACCGUUCAUUGGCUUCACGUGAGUGGUCGGACGGAGCCGGGUUUAUGUGGGUGAUUCGUGGCGAUUAGGGUUGGGGAAGAGAAUACUGAUUAUAAAUCAGAGAUCGUGAGCAAAGCUCGACUGUCAGGGCCUGUUCAGAGAGGGGCCUCAGUAUCACCUCAGUAUCAAAUGGUAUAUUACUGAAGCGGGCUGUCCAAUGGUCAGUAAUUAUUUUGUAUAUUAUAUACCCUGCCAUGUGAGUUUGUUAAUUUUAACGCCUAUAUGAAUGAUUUCGACACGUAUUCGACGUGAAACAGAGUAAAGGGCGCCUAAGCAGUCUGAGAGGAAGUCCUUUUGCGUGGUGCAUACCUCAGGGUGUCAGCCUAAUGUAUGUUAUAACACAGCUUGUGUGCUGAUCACAGCACCUCCAGAGAUUGUACAAGUGAAAUGACAAUAAGGCAGUUAUCUAUUUGUGACAUGUAUGCCAAGGAUUGUGCUCGUAAAGCUGCUGCUACGCAUCCGAUAGGGCGCUAUUACUCAAAGUUGAACCUGAAGCUAUGCACUUAAUUGACUUCGUUAUGCUUUGCGCCGUCCCGAUUUUGAAAGAUUAUAAUACACGAGUUUUGGGUAA